AUGAUCAAUCCACAUACAUCGGUUGGCAUCGCACAAGUCGUGUUCUACGCGCUUGUAUUGCCCAUCGCUGUGUUUAUUCUUAUCAGCAAUUGGAAACAUGGGUUGCGUCUUGCCUCAUACCCCCUUGUCACAUUCUCCCUAGCUCGUCUCGCUGGUGGAAUUUUAACCAUUCUCCGUCAAUCUGACCCUACUAGUAUCGGGCUUAUCAUCGCGACCACAGUGCUGCUCAAUGUCGGCCUCAUUCCGUUAAUGAUCUCCAUGGUUGGGUUCAUCCGUUUGAUUAUAAAAUCGAGUCUUGAUGAGAACAAACGAGCUUUUGCCCUUUUGAAGAUCAUUCGCCUAGCAUUCAUUGCCGCUAUUGCUCUCCUCUGUGUCGCAGGGGCUUUUAGUGGUUCUAGUAUACACCUCUCAAGACACUUGACUCAAGCUGGCUAUGUCACUCUUGCUGCUGUCAUUGCUCUGAUGACUGUCGAGUUACUUCAUCUCUAUACCCAAAAACACCGCAUUUCUCCCGAGAGACACAUUUUUAUACAGCUUACUCUGGCAAGCAUUCCGACACUUGUCCUCCGAACAGUCUAUGGACUUCUUUGCGCUUUCACUGUUGACAACGUAACGACCAUUUGGAAUUCACUUAUAGGAUCGGCGGUUGCGUUUGCUUUGAUGUGUCUGCUUGCUGAGUAUAUUACACUUCUGAUCUUUCUUUAUCUGGGGAUUCGCCAUUGGCGAGGCGUCUGUGCCGAGAGCUUGGGAAGUGUCGAGAUGGAGUCUUUGAGCAAGUGA